GUCCUUCAUCCCAUCACCAUGCCCACCAGCAAGAACGUCGAGCGCGCCAUGACGCUACUCGAGAACGACCCCCUCCGCACCCUGGGCCUGACCUUCAACAACAAACGCGUCGAUCCUGGCCAGUAUCUAGCAAAGAACGACGCCGCCUCCCACCCCGAACUCUCCUUCCCCCAACUCAACCCCAAAGCCACCUACCUAGUCGUGAGCCUCGACCUGGACGCGCCCUUUGUCUCAUUCAGAGCCCUGAGCCCCAUUCUACACUGGAUCCAGCACGGCCUGAAGCCCGUCCGGACAGAGGAAGGCGGAUUCAAACUGACCAUCAACGAGCCGUUUGUGGCGAACUACAUCGGCCCUGCGCCACCCCCGGGUGCAGCUCCCCACCGCUACGUGUUUUUCCUGUACGAGGAGCCCGUGGGGUUCGAUGGGAAGCGCUUUGCACCUCCAAAUGGCAAGAACAUGGGUAGCUGGGCGCGUAUGCGCUAUGACCUGGAUGCCUGGGGACAAAAGACUGGGCUGGGUCCGGUGAUCGCGGUGAAUUACUUUGUGAGUAAUUAGGGGGUGGAUGUUGCCGAGACUUUGUGAGAGGGUUGGGUGUCGUCCACUGGCGGUGAUGAAGUAUGCUUAAUGAUGC